UUGAAAUUUUUGAAUCUCAACUAUGGAUACAACUCCUCCAUCUCAUCGAUCCGAAACUCGAAGCCGAACAAAAUCAGCUUCAAGACUCUCAAGGCUCCGCCGUUAUGAUGAAGAAAGUGAAUCUCUCACUCCAAGAGUCUCUCUUGAAAUUGUCCCUUCACCAAGAAUAGAAGUUUCUCCUUAUGGUAACGGUCUACCGCUCCACGAGCUUUUACUUCUUUCCCCUUCUCCUCUUCGAAGAUCCAAGACUCGUCUUGCUGAUAAGCUUGAAUUAGUUGAUGAUGGGGUUGAGCCUAAUGGGGUUCGAAGGAGGAGAAGGAGUAGAAAUUCUGCAAUUGGUGUUUCCCCGCGUAAUAAUCGGAGAUCGAGAAGAAGGUUAGAGCAAGAAAUGAGAGAAGAGAGGGACUUGGGGUUAGUUGAAGAAGUGGUUAAACCAAGAAAGAAGAGGAAUAAUGGUAAAUCCAAGAAGGAUAAGCUUAGCUUGGUUCUUUCAAACUCAUCAAAAUCGAAAGAAGGAGAAGGAUGUGAUUUAAUAAACAGAAUUGAGAUACUUUUAAGUGAUUUGGUGAUGUGGAGAGAUGUGGCAAGAUCAAGUCUUUGGUUUGGUUUGGGGUCUCUCUGUUUCUUAUCUUCUUGUUUUGCCAAAGGAGUUACUUUUAGCAUUUUCUCUAUCGUAUCGCAAUUGGGGUUACUGUUUUUAGUUGUUUCAUUCUUCUCACAUUCGAUUCGCCAAAGAGAUGGUAGAGAAAUGAAGCGCGAAUAUCAGCUGACUGAAGAUGACAUUUUGAGAAUGGGAAGAUUGAUACUUCCAGCUGCAAAUCUCGCAAUUUCAAAAACACGAGAUCUUUUUUCGGGAGAACCUGCUAUGACCCUCAAAUUAGUGCCAAUCUUGAUAAUUGGAGCUGAGUAUGGCCAUUUGAUAACUGUAUGGAGGCUUUGUGCCCUUGGUUUUUUCAUCAGUUUUACUGCCCCAAAACUUUAUUCCUCUUAUUCUCAUCAGAUAUAUAAUAAAGCCAAGUAUAUGAAACAUCGGUUGCUGGAAACUUGGGGUGCUUGCUCUCACAAGAAGAUAAUAGCUGCAUCAGUAUUGACAGCAUUUUGGAACCUUACCACUGUCAGAACACGAAUCUUUACAGCAUUUAUCUGUCUAGUAAUAUUCAGAUACUGUAAACAACAUGAAGAGGUAAAGGUCGACGAAGAAAUGGUUGAAGUGGAAGAAGAGGAAGAAGAGCAGCAGCAGGCAUUGGUUGUGUUAGAACCUGUCAAAAAAGGGGCAUAAUUGUGCACUAUGCCAAAUGUAUCACCUCUAUAAUACUAACAUAAUAUAACCCCUCUUGUUAUUUUUCUCAAUCUUUCAAGGAAGAAGAAAACCUUGUUGUAUGUCCUUGUAUUUUUGUAUAUCCAAUCAAAGCAAGGAAGAAGAACUCUGGUGCUCUUCUGGAAAUAAAGAAAUCUUUUCUUU